UGCGUGCCCCGGAUCGGGUUGUUGUCUGCCACCCCCGUAGUAUCCCGUGAUGCAGUAGCGUAGCCCUGACCUCUUGCUGUCGCUCUCUCUCUGAAGCUGUCUUGUGUCUGUAGUGGUGUGCUUCUGCAUGAUGGCGGCCUCGAAGCCUGUGGAGCCACAGUCUGGCACUGGUCUGCCCCGUUGGCAGGUUGCACUCAUGGUGGGAGCACCAAUCCUAAUAGGGGCCGGAGCGGUCUACCUCUGGAACCGCAGCCGUAAGAAGUCAAAGAAAGGCAAGCGCAACGGGGAAAGGGAAACUCCGGAGGGCAGCGCGAGUCCCGUGUCGAAGCCGGAGAAGCCAGACGGCGACCCCGAGGAAAUGAAUCCUCUGGACCGGGCUCAGGCUGCGAAGAAUAAAGGCAACAAGUAUUUCAAGGCAGCAAAGUAUGAGCAGGCAAUCCAGUGCUACUCUGAGGCCAUCAGCCGGUGUCCCACUGAGCAGAAGGGAGAUCUCUCUACAUUCUACCAGAACAGAGCUGCAGCAUUCGAACAGCAGCAAAAAUGGCAGGAAGUGGUGGAUGACUGCACACGAGCAGUGGAGCUGAACCCUCGCUACAUCAAGGCGCUAUUCCGCCGAGCCAAAGCCCAAGAGCGCCUGGACAACAAGAAACAGUGUUUGGAAGAUGUGACAGCUGUAUGUAUUCUAGAAGCUUUCCAGAAUCAGCAGAGCAUGCUUUUGGCAGACAAAGUGCUCAAGCUGCUUGGAAAAGAAAAAGCAAAAGAAAAAUACAAGAACCGAGAGCCCCUGAUGCCAUCUCCUCAGUUCAUCAAGUCGUACUUCAGCUCCUUCACAGACGACAUCAUCUCGCAGCCCCUCCUGAAGGGAGAGAAGGCAGACGAGGACAAAGAUAAGGAGGGGGAGACAGCCGAGGUCAAAGAGAGCUCUGGCUACCUGAAAGCUAAGCAGUUCAUGGAGGAGGAGAACUAUGACAAAAUCAUCAGUGAGUGCACGAAAGAGAUUGAGACUCGCGGGAAGUACGUGGCAGAGGCUUUGUUACUGCGGGCUACUUUUAACCUGCUGAUCGGCAACGCUACUGCUGCUAAACCAGACCUGGACCAGGUCAUCAACAUGCAGGAAGCCAGCGUUAAGCAGCUACGCGCUAAUGCCCUGAUCAAGCGUGGCAGUAUGUACAUGCAGCAGCAGCAGCCCAUGCUUUCCACACAGGACUUCAACAUGGCUGCAGACAUCGAUUCUCAGAAUGCAGACGUGUACCACCACAGAGGCCAGCUGAAGAUCUUGCUUGACCAGGUAGAGGAAGCAGUGGGAGAUUUCGACAAGUGCAUUAUACUGCGUCCAGAUUCUGCUUUAGCACAAGCCCAGAAAUGCUUUGCUCUGUACCGCCAGGCUUACACAGGAAACAACCCUUCACAAGUCCAGACUGCCAUGGACGGCUUUGAAGACGUCAUUAAAAGAUUCCCAAAGUGUGCAGAGGGGUAUGCACUGUAUGCACAGGCAUUGACAGAUCAGCAGCACUUUGGAAAAGCCAAUGAGAUGUAUAAUAAGUGCAUCGACCUGGAACCAGACAACGCCACUACAUAUGUGCAUAAAGGUUUACUACAGCUCCAGUGGAAGCAAGACCUUGAUAAAGGUUUAGAUCUGAUCAGCAAAGCCAUUGAGAUCGACAACAAAUGUGACUUUGCGUAUGAAACAAUGGGGACCAUUGAAGUUCAAAGAGGCAACUUGGAUAAGGCGAUUGACAUGUUCAACAAAGCUAUUAACCUGGCCAAGUCAGAAAUGGAGAUGGCGCACCUCUACUCGCUGUGUGAUGCUGCUUACGCUCAGACAGAAGUGGCUAAGAAAUACGGAUUGAAGCCCCCAACACUGUAACGCUACAUUCAUGCACUCUCCCAGUCGCUCCACUGCUGACCCUGAAAGUUAACUUUUUUUUUUUUUUUGUAACAGCUGUGUUGGAUGACAAAAUGUGUUCCGUGAUCCUGUAAUUCUAUGUUCGAUGUUUAAGUGUCAAGGGUGUUAAAGCAGCCUGUAAUAAACAAAUACUCCUGCCAGGGGAAGGGAAAGGUUUGCUCUUCAACCCCCCACCUUACCCCGUCCCCCACUACAACUCCCAGCACAGCCGUGCAGUUCAAAAUAUGCAUAGCUCCCCAAACCCCCCUUGUACAUGAUGUUAGGCUUCAAAGAAUCCCUGCUGGCUGUGAUUUAACCCUUUCUACCUUCGUUAACCCUCGUCCAGGGGCAGCCACUAGAAUUUACAGUAGUAGUAAGUCACCUUUUUCCCCCUCCCACCUCGUGUCCAUGCUAAACAGUCCAGUCCAGAUUCCUGUCUGAACCUUGUGGAUUUAUUUGAACCAAUUCAACUUCUAAUCAGGCCCUGAAGUCAACCUGUAGUGGAAUGGCCUUAAGGACCAGAGUUGCCUUCAACUGCGUAUUCAUUACAGCGUAUUACUCAAGGGCUUCUGCAAUCUGUGUGUUAGUAAAUACUUCAGGGCCUGGUUUGCAGUUUUAAGAGGAUCAAUUCUGUACAUUAAAUGGCUAUCAAGGACCAGUGUUGCCUGUACCUGGUUAAAAGUUACUGAAAACUGUUGUGCUGCACAGGGUGAUCCCAUUGUUAUCUUACUCGCCACAUUAUGACACCUUGAAAACUGACAGGCAUCCUCUGAUAAGAUGUAAAGGGUUCAUGAAUCACAGGAGAGCUGUAAAAGAUGUGUUUGCCAAUAUACACACAUUUGUUUUUGUUUUUUUAAUUGAUUUUUUUUUUCUUUUUAUAUUAUGUACAGCAUGUGUGGGUUUUCUCAAAUAAAUGUUAAUAUAAUUAUAGUACUGUAAAAUUGCUUUAUAAUCCAGCCAAUUUGUUAGUGUUGGGUUUUAAUGUGAAAUUCAGCAGUUAUGUAUAAUUAAUGAUUAGUUUUUCUUUGUCCUCAAAUGUGAGAAGCCAUGAGGGGAAAUUAAACUUUAUUUCUUAAUGUGCUUUUUAUAUGCGCUGCAGCUUUGGAAAAUGGCUUGUCAAGAAUGGCUUGUGCUGUACUAUAGUUUUGCUGGACAGGAGUUGGAUGGUAAUCCAGUACUGAACACACUCAACAAAUUUUGAACAGAGGCAUCUUUCAGCUAGACAGAAAAUACAUAUAUUCUGGCUAAAAUCCCUUACCCUUUAAUUCUAAUUGUGUGUUUGUUUUUUUGUUUGUUUUUUUACAUAACAAAUCGCAUUCCUGUAUUUUUAUAGAUAAUGUGAAUGUGUUUCCUUAAAGGCAGUACACCUCUAAAUCUGUGAAGGCAAGGUUUGAACACUUAAUACAUGACAACCUGAUGCAAUAAACUGACUGAAGUUACUGAUUCUGAUGCACAUGUUGCAGAUGAAUCCUUAAAACCAAGCCCCACUUCCAAUAGAUCUGUUCAGGUUCUUAUCCUGUGAGUGUGCGGUGUGCGGGGGAAUCUCUUCACAUCCACUAAAGUAGUUCAAACCUGUACAUUGUUAUCUUGUAUUGGGUGUGCGAUUCCAGUUGGGUGGAUGUUUGCAUGGAUACUCUGUAUGCAUACUUGCUCACAACCCAAAGAGCAACCAAUAAACAUGCAUUUUCUGUU